AUUUAGUUUAGUGAAAUUCAUUCGUGUACGCUAUUUACCAAGUGAAGAACGCUUGGUAACUGGAACGAUGAAAGACGAGGUCAAAACUUCACCACUACCACAUUUACUUUCUGCGAAUUCAAUUAUCAUUUUAAGGAUAUAUAUUUAUUCCUUAAAAGAGAAAAUCCAGUUAAGUUUAGCGUGGUGUAAAUUGAACUUCCUAAGUGGAGAGUAAGACAAAGCAGAAAGUUAAAGGAAACGUACAUCCUAAAGUGGACUGAAAGAAUCGCUGUAAGGGUUGACUGUAUAUUAAAAAAUCAUGUCGAAUCUAGACAACGCAGUUAUGGUCCGGGAUGACCAGGGAAAUCCUUUCAUUUUGGUUCGCGAUCAAGAUAAGAAGAAAAGAUUGCAUGGUAUAGAAGCCGUUAAAAGUCAUAUCCUCGCUACCAAGACUGUUGCCAAUAUUGUCCGUACAUCUUUAGGACCUCGUGGAUUGGAUAAAAUUUUGAUUUCUCCAGAUGGAGACAUUACGGUCACGAACGAUGGUGCUACCAUUUUAGAGCAAAUGGAAGUUGAGCAUCAGAUCGCCAAGUUGUUGGUUCAGUUAUCAAAAUCUCAAGAUGAUGAAAUUGGUGAUGGUACUACUGGUGUCGUAGUGUUGGCCGGCGCCUUGUUAGAGCAAGCUGAGGGUUUGAUCGACAAGGGUAUUCACCCAAUCCGAAUUGCAGAUGGAUUCGAAAAAGCUUGUCAGCAUUCCGUCAAACACUUAGAUUCGAUAUCCGAUGUCGUCAACUUUGAUAAGUUGGACACCACAAACUUGUUCCGUGCUGCAAAGACUAGUUUGGGAAGCAAAGUGGUAUCAAAAGCCCACGAUCACUUUGCCAAGAUUGCUGUUGAGGCAGUCCUUUCUGUUGCCGACUUCGAACGCAAAGACGUUGAUUUUGAAUUAAUUAAAGUCGAUGGAAAGGUUGGUGCUUCUGUUGAUGAUACGACUCUCGUAAAGGGUGUGGUUGUUGAUAAGGAUAUGUCUCACCCUCAGAUGCCUCAUCACAUUGAGGAUGCAAAGAUUGCAAUUUUAACAUGUCCCUUUGAACCUCCCAAGCCAAAGACUAAACACAAGCUUGACAUCACAUCGGUGAACGAGUUUGAAGCUUUACAAAAAUAUGAGAAAGAAAAGUUUGAAGGCAUGAUAAAGCACGUAAAGGAUGCUGGAGCAAAUCUUGUUAUUUGCCAAUGGGGAUUUGAUGAUGAAGCUAAUCAUUUACUUUUGCAAAACAAUCUUCCUGCAGUCCGUUGGGUGGGUGGACCAGAGAUUGAAUUAAUUGCCAUCGCUACUAAUGGACGCAUUGUUCCUCGAUUCGAAGAUCUUUCCAACGAGAAACUUGGUACAGCUGGACUCGUUCGUGAAGUCAGUUUUGGUACUACUCGCGAUAAGAUUUUGGUGAUUGAAAAAUGUGCAAAUACUCGUGCCGUAACCAUAUUCGUCCGUGGUAGUAACAAGAUGAUCGUGGACGAAGCUAAACGUGCUCUUCAUGAUGCUUUGUGUGUUGUACGAAAUUUAAUUCGUGAUAACCGUGUUGUUUACGGAGGUGGUGCCGCAGAAGUUUCAUGUUCCUUGGCUGUCAACCAAGAAGCAGAAAAGAUUCCUGGUAUUGAUCAGUAUUCUAUGCGUGCUUUUGCAGAUGCUCUAGAUACCGUUCCUUUAGCCUUGGCUGAAAACAGUGGUUUAUCAUCCAUUGAGGCAUUGACUGCUGUUAAGGCACGUCAUGUUAAAGAAAACAAUUCUCACUUGGGCAUUGAUUGCCUUCACACAGGUCACAAUAACAUGAAGGAGCAAUUCGUAAUUGACCCUCUUAUUGGCAAGAAGCAGCAAUUACUACUUGCUACUCAACUUUGCAGAAUGGUCUUGAAGGUUAAUGAUAUUAUCGUUGCCGGUUCAAAAGAUGAUGAGUACAAUUAAGAAUGAUACGUGGAUGGCUUGACUGGAGGUAUUCGGUUGACGAAAAAAGGAAUUCUCAUAGUUUGGAAAUGAAUCCCCUUUGAAAAUCAAAGCUAGAAUUUAGAAAUAAAGUAUGUCCUUUGUCGUAGACAAAAUUAUUGCAA